AUGGUGUUAGGAUGGAAUAACGACCUUACAACGCAACAAGAUGAUAAGGGAAGUACACCUCUUCACUUAGUUGCAUCUAUGCCACGUCAAAAAGACCGACGAUACAUACGUUUACUUCUACUGGAAGCCAAUCCAGAUGCAUUGUAUCAACUGGACAAUGAUGGAUCAUUCCCCAUACACGUGGCUGCAUCCGUUGGCUCAAGAAUUACCAUCAAUGUCUUUCUUCAGAAGUCGCCCAGUUGCGCUGGUCUACGUGAUGCUAGGGGAAGGACAUUUCUUCAUGUUGCAGUUGACAAAAUGAAAAUAUGGCCGGUCUGGUCUGCUUGCAGAAACCAGUCGUUAUCAUGGAUUUUAAAUAUGCAAGACAAUGGUGGAAACACUGCACUGCAUUUAGCCGUCCAAAAAGGAACACUGAUGAUAUUCUGUGCUAUAUUUGGGAAUAAACAAGUGCACUUAAAUUUAACAAAUGAGAAAGGAGAGACCCCGCUUGAUAUAGCACAUUGCAAUAUUCCCAAAGAAUUGCAUUAUAACCAGAACGCUGAAGUAAAAAUACAUCUAGCGCUCCAACUCGCUGAUGCUAAAAGGGGCAUUUAUCGCCUGGAUUACUUUGAAGAAAAUGAUAUUGUCCAAGUGAGAAAAGAUGAAAUGGAUAGUGUAAAAGAAGGGACAAGCAGUCUGUGUAUUGGCUCUGUCUUAAUUGCAACUGUGACUUUUGCUGCAUCUUUCGCCAUCCCUGGAGGUUACAGGGCUGAUGACCACACAAAUGGGGGCACACCAACGCUUGCUGGAAAGUAUACUUUUGAUGUGUUCACCAUAGCCAAUGCACUUGCCUUCACUUUCUCUGCAAUGGCUACUAUUUCUCUCAUGUUUUCUGGAUCUCCCAUGGUAUCUCUUCAAAUCCGGAAAAUGCACAUACAAUUGGCCUAUUUUCUCAUGGGGAUUUCGGUUACAAACUUGACAACUGCCUUUGCACUUGGUAGCUAUAUGAUGUUAGCUCCAGUUGCCCAUAAGAUUGCCAUUGCAGUAUGUGUCAUGAGUUUUCUCGUAUUGUUGUUGUCUUCUGUUUGA